CGGAGUCGAAGUUUAAGUCGCGAGCGCGUUGGGAGGGCACGAAGGGUGCCGUGAACCGCGACUGCGCGAGUGGCUCGUAUGGCGUGCCGUAUCGAAUGCCGCUGACCUAACUGCUUUCGCAUCUGCAACAAAACACCCACACCGCAAGAACACUCUUUGUUACGUGAGUAGUAUGGAGGAAGAACAAGCAGCUCACCACCUGCUGAAUGUUGUGGAAGAGCGAGGGCUCAAGGUAGAUCUCGACAACAUUCUUCUGGGUUUUGAGGAUGCGGAUACAAAGCACGAAGCUGCGGUGUGGGUCGACGAGUAUCUACACGAGGAUACGCUACUGAGCAAAGAAGAGCUAGAGCUCUACCAGACUUUGAAGAAGAAGGGUCUCUUGCACCAAUAUGAAAGCGAGGGGGAGCCCAUCCGACCUGUAUUGGACCACGAAAUUGCUGCAGCGAUUGAAUCACUAAAAAUCUCUACUACUGCAAUUGAGGAGCAGUGCAGAGUUUUGGAGAGUCAGAAAGAUGCGUUGAUGAAGCUUAAAGCUCUCGAUAGGCCCAACUUGGAUGUCGAGCAUGCAAGGAACGAGCGAAGAAGGAAGGAGGGACAGGAAAAGACUCGACUAGACGUCUCUGUUGAUGAUGUUGUCGCAUCGGUCACGGAGCAGAUGACCGACGCCCAACGAGAAAUUGAUUCUGAAAAGUCAACACUGAAAGGUUACUUGUUAGAGCGCUUUGCGUCAGACGACCAGAUUCUCAGCCGACUUCCUAAGCUAGUAUCACAGAUUGUCACGGAACCUGAAGUCAGCGAGGAUGAGAAGUCGAUGGAGCAGUGGUGCAAGGCCAUUAUCUCUUUCCGCGCGGCGGAGAUCAAAGCUCGCGUCGACACUGUGUUCCUCACCAACGCAUCAGGCGAUUCCCAAAAUGGUGUUGCAGAAGCAGAGGAUGACCUCAAAGAGAGAAAGGCCGCUCUGCAGGCUGAGCUUGAAGAGCUCCACUCCGAGAUCGCAUCAGUUGCUGAAAUGGUCGUCGAGCACGAGAUACGCAAGCCGAUGACUGAGAUGAAGGAACGCAAGGAUAGGGACAGAACACAGGCACGAACGGCGUGGCUCAACUAUGUGCUCUCAACCCUCGAGUAUAUGGGCAAACGUCUCAGCAUAGUCACCACUGGCACGAGGGACACUGACGAGUUUCAACAAGCACUCGUACACGUCCAAGCAGCAGCAGCGAAGCGUAUACCGGAGACACACCCACCGGUGGGAACGCCGGUAUUGAAGCGCAUGAGGUCUGACACGUCGGCCUUUACACCCAUGGUCAAGCUCAAGCCUACAUCAGCGCUCGAUCUUCCGACAACAUUGCAAGAUGCGCUUCGUUAUGCAGGCAUAUCGUUCAGUCAAGACAAGAUUGAAAGCCUGCAGGAUGUCUUGCAACAAGCUCAACUCGAGCGAAACAAGAAGCUGCAGAGCCACUACGAAUCCACCGCGACGUCGGCUCAUGAUGUAAUUGCCGAACGAACAAGCAAAGCAGACACCGAACUGAGGGCGAUCUUGAGUGCGCUAUAUAAGCACGCACCAUUCCACCAGGCUAGCUUGACAAAUCCGGAACUGGACGAGCAGUUGAAGGCGAUGGAGAUGGAGCUGGAGAACAAGGACCGGGAGCUGCUGGAUGCAGAGGGCAAUGAAUUGAGUUUGGGCGAUCCCAAAGUUCGCGCGUUCAUUGCGAAAUACGGUAAAUAAAGCAAGGUUUUGAGUGUCAAGUUUCAGGCAGGUCGGUGCGUUGUCGAGUGGAGCUGACAUGGCGAGCUGGGAUGAUCCAGGCGCGUAUCAGAUCGGAGUAAACAAGACGUGGAGAUGUUGUUUACCACAGAUAUUACGCUCUUUUUGGGUGAGGUCAGCGUGUGUCCUCACCGCUUUGGAUCUCCCCGAUGAACACGAUCAGCUCGUCGGUUGCAAGCGAUGGAAGCCACAUGUUCGUGGGUGGAGCUCUGGGGGAGUUCAGACCUCGGGUUGGUCGCGAGGAGUGACGAGCUGCAGGCUAGAGCGCCUCCAUGUGGCUAGCACCCAGCCCCCGAAUAACACUAAACACCUUGGGCC